AUGUUAUCUAUUUUUAUUGAUAUUAUAACUGCUCUUCCUAUUACCAUCACAGUAACUAAGCCAUAUCAUGUUAAUCAGUACGUCAUUCAAUUCAGGGUAAAUGAUAUUGAUAUCAGUAGCAGAAGAUCAGUUGGUGAUGGAAUCAUUUGUAGUAAAAUGGUUGAGAAUGGCGUAAUAUGCGAGUUGAUUGAAUUAUACAGUGUUAAAGUAAACGUAGACUACAUCUGUCUACUGGAAGAAGAUGAAUCAAGGGAUGAUUGCGUCUACUGGAUUGAACUAAAUAAAAUGGGAUGGUCAUCAGGGGAGAUUACCAUAAUAAAUUCAUGA